UCCGUUUCCAAAACAACAGUGGUUACUGAACUGCAGCGUUCGUAACGAGAAUAACUUGGGCAGCUUACGCUUAUCAAACUAGCCACAAUGCCGCCAAAAAAGAAGAAGAGUGGAAAGGGUAAGAAGGGGAAAGGUAAAAAGAAAUCAGCUAAGUCCAAAACUCCAACAGUCAUUGAUGGAAUCUCAACAGAAGAAAUGAGCAAAGAACAGCUUGAGGAACACAUUGUAAGGCUGCGAGAGGAGUUGGACCGUGAAAGAGAAGAGCGAAAUUACUUCCAGUUGGAAAGGGACAAAGUUAACACAUUCUGGGAGAUCACUAAAAGGCAACUUGAAGAAUGCCGUGCAGAACUUCGAAACAAAGACAGAGAAAUGGAAGACGCAGAGGAAAGGCAUCAAGUUGAAAUCAAGGUAUACAAACAGAAGGUUAAACAUUUACUCUAUGAACACCAGAAUAAUAUCUCCGAACUGAAAGCAGAAAGUGCAGUAGCUCUCAAACUUGCCCAAGAUGACCAUAGAGGUAAUGAAACAGACUUGAGAAAAGACAAGCGAGGCCUCAAAGUUACACUGAAAGAGCAUGAGCUCUCACAUGAAGAUGUUGUCAAGAAUCUUAAAUUGAAACAUGACGAAAUGGUCACGCAGUUGAGAAAUGACUUUGAACGAGAAGCUAAAGAGAUUGAGGCCAAGUAUGAGAAGAAGAUGAGAAUGCUGAGAGACGAACUUGAACUCAGGAGAAAAACUGAGAUACAUGAAAUUGAAGAGAGAAAGAAUGGUCAGAUCAACACUCUGAUGAAGAAUCAUGAAAAGGCAUUCAGUGAUAUUAAAAACUAUUACAAUGAUAUCACGCUCAAUAACUUAGCGCUUAUUAACUCACUCAAGGAACAAGUUGAGGAGAUGAAGAAGAAAGAAGAGAGAAUGGAGAAACAGAUGAAUGAAAUACAAGCAGAGAAUAGGAGACUGAAAGAACCACUAGAGAAGGCCCGUGAAGAAGUGGCUGAGUUACAGAGACAGCUCUCUAAUUAUGAAAAAGACAAAGCAUCAUUAGCUAGUGCGAAAGCACGUCUCAAAGUAUUGGAUGAAGAACUCCGAAAUCUUAAUUGGGAACACGAGGUCUUGGAACAGAGGUUUGAACAGUUAGAAAAAGAGCGUGAUGAUCUAUAUGCCAAGUUUGUCAAAGCCAUCCACGAAGUUCAACAAAAAAGUAAUUUCAAGAACUUGCUGUUAGAGAAGAAAUUAACUGCUCUGGCUGACACACUAGAAAAGAAGGAAGCACAAUUGAAUGAAGUCUUAUCAGCUUCUAACUUAGAUCCUACUGCACUGACUGUUGUUACAAGAAAACUUGAGGAUGUUUUAGAUUCCAAGAAUAGUGCUAUUAAAGAUCUCCAGUAUGAGUUAGCCAGAGUCUGCAAGGCACACAAUGACUUGAUGCGAACCUACGAAGCGAAACUGACACAAUUCGGAGUACCAACUGAUGAACUUGGGUUCAAACCACUAGAGAGCACUGUAGGAGGACAGCAACUUGGACAGGGACCUGCUGGACUUGUUGCAGCUCCAACAUAGGAACAUUCCAUUUUAGAUGAUGAUAGUUACCCAUUUGGAGUUGUACAGUUAGACGUCCAUCUUCCACAAUAAAUUUCUGUUGUAUCUCCCCAGCUGUUGUAGUUUAAUUAUGUUACAAGCCUCAAAUCUGUCUACUGGAUGAAAAAAACGAAAACAGUUUUGCGUAAAAUGUGAAACUAUUGUGAAAUCUUUGUAUAUAUUGUGAAAUAAACAUUUUUAAACUAAUAAUAAACUAUUUUAGAUAUUGGUGAUUUAGGUGAAAAUGUCCGUCCAUUUUGGCUUUUAUAUUACAGUUCUCAUUAUGUAGAAACUUCAUUGGGAAAUGUCGUUUUGAAACAACAAUACUGUGGACAUGAUAUAUACAAAUAAUUGGUGAUCACUGCAUAUUGGUGACAAUUCAGUUUAUUAAAAUAUCCAUUGACUCAACUGCUGUCAGGGGAAUACCAACAUCUUGUCUCACUGUAAGCAAAUUGUUGUGAAUAAUAAAAAUGUUAAAAAUAAUUUGAUUAAAUGUUUUAAAGACUGCAAUAUUGCAGUUAUUUUGACUAGACUGUAUGUAUAGCUAUGUAUUUUUGUUUCCCUCUGUGUUUUGUUAAUUUGAAUGACCCUUCACUGACAUUUUUUCCCUAAUAAAAUCACAUUUUAUUAUGUA